AUGUGGAUUGGGAUUUUGGGUACGUAUCCUCACCUCCACCCUGAGAUUCUCGUCUCGUUCUGUCGGAUUUCCCAAAUCGCGAUCGCAAUAUGCAUUCCCGGAUUCCGGAUCCGCGUUGCGCCGACCAUAAAACCCCUCUUUCGAUAUACUCAUAUACUAAUAAUUCGCAGUGGCAAGGGUACCCCCCGCCGCAAGGUCAAGAAGGUUGUCCGCAACUCCGGUGCCGAUGACAAGAAGCUCCAGGCUGCUCUUAAGAAGCUGAACGUUCAGCCCCUCCAGGGUAUUGAGGAGGUUAACAUGUUCAAGGAGGACGGCAACGUCAUCCACUUCGCCAACCCCCGUGUUCACGGUGCCGUUCCCUCCAACACCUUCGCCCUCUACGGUAACGGCGAGGAGAAGGAGCUCACCGAGCUCGUCCCCAACAUCCUCAACCAGCUCGGCCCCGACAGCCUGGCUUCCCUCCGCAAGCUCGCUGAGAGCUACCAGAACAUGCAGAAGCAGCAGGGUGAUAAGAAGGACGACGAGGAGGAUGAUAUCCCCGACCUCGUUGAGGGCGAGAACUUCGAGUCCAAGGAAUAA